CUUCGCAGGUGUACUACGGUCAUAGCAUUAGCUUGGGGCUAGUUAUCACCGUUACGUACAGCAGCUGGAAGUAAGUCUGUGCAGCUUGCUGCCGGUAGCCUUGUGACCGCUCAUUGCUGGUCGGAGCUGCGAGGUGCUCGCCCUCUAAGGGCUGCGGCAAGCUGUCCCUCCGGGAGGCGGUGUGUGCGGUUUCACCGGCAUCGCCCCGGGCAGUGAGGUGCUCCUUCCUUCGGAUUAUCCUGCAUCACACGGUUGGAUCCGACUGGUAAAGUACCACUAAUCAGACACAUAUUGUGCUUUGUUGGUGACGGCAGUGUUUUCGUUCCCUCCCCCGGCUUAGUUGUGCUCUGUUACCCUUACAGUUAGCCGCAGUGUGUCCGCUUAAGCUAACUUUAUUAUUUUGUAGCAACUUUGGUUGCACCUGUUUUAUUUAGUAGCUUUACAGUUACGACUUGUUGGUGACGGCAGUGUUUUCGCUCCCUCUCCCGGCUUAGUUAUGCUCCGUUAUCUUUUCAGUUAGCCGCAGUGUGUCCACUUAAACUAACUUUAUUAUUUGGCAGCAACUUGGUUGCACCCGUUUUGUUUAGUAGCUUACAGUGACGACUUGUUGGUGACGGUAGUGUUUUCGCUCCCUCUCCCGGCGUAGUUGUGCUCUGUUAUCUUUACAGUUAACCGCAGUGUAUCCGCUUAAGCUAACUUUAUUAUUUGGCAGCAACUUGGUUGCACCCGUUUUGUUUAGUAGCUUACAGUGACGACUUGUUGGUGACGGUUGUGUUUUCGCUCCCUCUCCCGGCGUAGUUGUGCUCUGUUAUCUUUACAGUUAGCCGCAGUGUGUCCGCUAAGCUAACUUUAUUAUUUGGUGGCAACUUUGUUUGUACCUGUUUUGGCUAGUAAUCUUGCAGGAGCGACCUGUUGGUGACGGCUGUGGUUUCGCUCCCUCUCCCAGCAUAGGUGUGUUUUUUUCUUCGGUCUCAUUACGGUUAGCAGCAGUGCUUUCGCUCGAGCUAAUGUGAUUGUUUUGGCAAGGACCUCUUACUUUGUAGCAUCUCUUUUGAUUUAGAGUUAGCAAUUGCAACUUGAUCGUACCUAUUACAAUGAAUUCUCACUCCUUUACCGCCUGUAUGGCGCCUCUGCAGCCUGAGGACGAACAUGACCUUUGCCCCUCAUGUCUUGGCCUCGAGCACCUGAAGGAGGGGCUGUCAGAGGACCCCUUCAUGAAUUGCAGCUUCAUGACCUUGACCUUGUCUGGUCCAGAGGAUGACAUCCUCUCAACGGCAGUUUCAGCCACUGAGUUUGGGGAUUAUGGGAUCCUGAUGAGGCCUUGAGGCCGAAUGUGAGGUGUCCUUCACCCCAGUGUUGCAUCACUGAUGAUUUACUUUCUAAGGCCUAUGAUGCAGCGGCUCGUAUGGGCCGCAUCGGGAACUCAAUGUCUCACCUCAUGCUCGCCCUCUCAGCCUGCCUUCAAGAGACUACACAGGACACAUCAGCUCAUAAUUUUAGUAAUGCGUCUCUGCAGGCCUUCGCCCUGAUGACCAGGGAGCUAGGGCGUGUGAUGUCCACCCUGGUCCAGGCUCGCCGGCAGGUUUGGCUGGCUCAGUCACCCCUCUCAGAGGCAUGCAGAAGGACCCUUCGCAGCAUCCCGGUGGAGCCAGGAGAGUUGUUUGGGUCGGCCGCUUUAGAGGCACUGGAGACAGACCAGACAGCAGCUCUCAGGUCUCCACAGGAGUGUGCCCCCCCCCCCCCCCCCCGCUCGACCUAGAGGUUCUUCAGCGGUUGUGCAGCGCCGCUCUCAGCCACAGGCUGGCUCUGGUAGCUACCAGAGGCCUCAGCGGCCAGUGCAGCGAGCGGUGCAACGGUCAGUGCAGCAGCCCGCUCGGCGGGCAGCUCAGGAUGUCCGGGCCCCUGUUUGGCAGCCUUCUAGUCAGCCUCCGGCCUUGGAUGUUAACGGGCGCCCCCCCAGAGCCUCCAAAGGCCGGGGGGCCAGGAACUGAAGUUCCGGGGCCGGUUGUCGGCUGCUUUUCCCAGCAACAGCUCAGUUAUUGGGCUGCUUACACCUCGGACCCCUGGGUGGUGUCCAUCCUAGCCCAGGGGUACAAACUGCAGUUCAGACGCUGGCCCCCUGCCUUCAGCCGGGUCAGAAUGACCAUCAUAAGCGACCCGGCAAAAGCCUUAGCCUUGCACCAAGAGCUGUCCGCCCUCCUGGUCAAGGGUGCCAUCGAGCCAGUAGAUCCCCUGUCACAGCCCGGGGGAUACUACUCGACGUACUUUCUGGUGGAGAAGAAAGAUGGCGGAUUUUGCCCCAUCCUCGAUCUCAGGGGCCUCAACAGAUUCCUGAAGGUCAUGCCAUUUCACAUGCUCACCAUUGCAGAGGUUAUGCAUGUGGUUGCCAGAGGGGAGUGGUUUACUUCCAUCGACCUGAAGGAUGCCUAUUUUCAUGUUCCCAUCAUACCUCACGACAGGCAAUUCCUCCGGUUUGCCUUUCAAGGCCGUCAUUUUCAGUUCAGAGUGCUACCCUUUGGUCUCUCCCUCUCCCCAUGGGUGUUCACCCGCUGUGUGGCAGCAGCCCUCUCUCCCCUGCAAUCACGGGGCAUAAAGAUCCUUCCCUAUCUAGACGACUGGCUGGUGUGUGCACCUUCCCAGUCUCAAGUGGUGCGGGAUACGGCUGCUCUUCUGGCUCACGUGGCCUGGCUGGGUCUCAGGGUGAACAUCAGCAAGAGCUGUCUGACACCUUCCCAAAGUAUAACCUUCCUCGGUCUGGCUCUGGAUGAAGGCUUACCCAUCACUUCGGUGGGUGGACGACAUCCUCCGCCUCCUUCCCCUCUUCCGGCAGGGCAAGUGGUUGCCCUACGUGCAGUAUCUACGCCUCCUGGGCAAGUUGACAGCUGCCGCAACCCUCUGAUUCCCUCUGAUUAUGGCAACGCUGCAGAGGGUUCUUCAGCGGGGCCGCAGACUGCUGCUGGUGGCCCCCUUCUGGCCGGGGCGGACGUGGUUUCCUCUCCUUUACAGGCUCUGUCACGGCUCACCAUGGCGCCUCCCCGACAGGAAGGACCUCCUGUCUCACCUGGGGGGCUGGGUGUGGCAUCCCAACCCUCGCCGUCUUCAGCUGUGGGUCUGGCCUCUGCAGGGUCUGAUCCACUGCUGAAUGAGUGUAUAGGCACCAUCCGCAAUACUGUCCUGAACGCCAGAGCACCGUCUACCCGGGCACAGUAUGAGAACAGGCGGCGGCUGUUCUCUGGGUGGUGUUUAGGAAGGCAUGAGGACCUUGUGCACUGCUCUGUGCCUAUUAUUUUGGAGUUUUUGCAGUCCCUCCUGGAUAGCGGUCGGUCACCCUCUACCCUGAAGGUGUACGUAGCCGCCAUUUCAUCCCGGCAUGUUUAGUCAAUAACAACACGGUGGGAUGUCACAGGUUGGUGGCCCUCUUCUUGAAGGGGGCUCUGAGACUACGUCCCCCACGACUGCCGAGAGCUCCAGCAUGGGACCUGCCUCUGGUGCUGGAUGCUCUGUGCUCGCCACCCUUUGAGCCCCAGGCACAGGCAGCCCUACGGUGGUUGUCAGUGAAGACUGCCUUCCUACUCGCUAUCACCUCGGCAAAACGUGUUAGCGAGCUUCAUGCUCUGUCAAUCAGCAGUUCUUGCCUACGGUGGAACUCAGACGGUUCAGGGGUCACCUUAUGGCGAAUCCUGCAUUCUUGCCUAAGGUUUUGUCAAACUCGCACCUUAAUCAGCCUAUCCAGCUGGCUCGGUUUGACCCGCCAGUAGGGGAAGGGGAUGGGAAGUCGGUGCUGUUGUGUCCUGUGCGUGCUCUGAGGGCCUAUGUGGACAAUACUGUGGGUAUACGCCAGUCGGACCAGCUUUUCGUGUGCUUCGGCGGUCCAAGAAAAGGUUGCCCUCUCUCCAAACAGCGUCUGGCUCACUGGAUCGUGGAAGCCAUUUGUCACGCAUAUAAGACGGGUGGUCAUCCCCUGCCAUCUGGCGUGAGUUGCCACUCUGUGAGGAGCGUCUCCACAUCAUGGGCUGCACUGAGAGGAGUGCCUCUGGAGGCAAUAUGUCCAGCAGCCUCGUGGGCAUCGCCGAGCACUUUUGCAAGGUUCUAUCGAGUAAACAUUGCCUCUCCUCACCCACUGGGUGUGGUCCUCCUACCAAGUUCUUCUGCUUCCAGUCAAUAAGGUCUGUAUUUCGGAUUCCUCGUGACUUUGUUGGUAUUGGUCAUCCAGUGCUUAAAGCACCGCCUCUGGCGGUCAGGAAGGAUGAAAUAGAACGAUAGUUACGCAUGUAACUACGGUUCUAUGAAUCCUGGAUGACCGCCAGAGCGUUCAGUCACUCAGAAUCCUUGUGGCUUCGCGAGAAGAUUCUGCAGGAACAGAUCCCCUGGCGACACCAGAAGUUAUAGCCUGUCCGAGGUCAUCAGGGGGUCGCUCACAGGUCUUUCUUUAAGGUGGUCCACCACAACCUGAUUUGAACAGUUCACACCCAACACACACCCAUCGCAGGAGGAUGGCGGUGAAUGUCUACUCCACCUCUAUGACCAUAGAGAACCUGAGUCGCCAUGACAUGUUGGCAUGGGUUAACGACUCUCUACAGCUCACCUACACAAAGAUCGAGCAGCUGGGUUCAGGUGCUGCUUACUGUCAGUACAUGGACAUGCUGUUUCCAGGGUGCAUAUUGUUGAAGAAAGUGAAGUUCGGUGCUAAGUUGGAACAUGAAUACAUCCACAAUUUCAAGGUCUUACAGGCUGCAUUCAAGAGAAUGAAUGUGGACAAGAUCAUCCCUGUGGAGAGGCUGGUGAAGAGGAAGUUCCAGGACAACUUUGAGUUCCUUCAGUGGUUUAAAAAGUUUUUUGAUGCCAACUAUGAUGGGAAAGAAUACGACCCUGUACUGACACGGCAGGGCCAGGAAGGAACACCACCUCCACCCAACACAGGCCCCAUGAGAACAUCUCCCACAGUACCGAAGACUGUUCCCACCCCCCAGAGGCAGAUCAACGUAGCAUCAGCCCGCAAUGGAGGAGAUGCAGAGCUCAUAGAGCUCAACCAGCAGCUGCUGGAUAUGAAGCUGACUGUAGAGGGACUGGAGAAGGAGAGAGACUUCUACUUUGGAAAGCUGAGAGACAUUGAGCUUAUUUGCCAGGAACAUGAAAAUGAGAACAACGAAGUCCUUGGCAAAAUCAUGGAUAAACUGUAUGCUACAGAGGACGGAUUUGCACCACCAGAGGAUGAAGAGAUUGGUGAAGGGGCACAGGGAGACCAGGAGGAGUUCUGAACUCUUCCUCCUCUUUUCAUCACCUUCACCAUCCUAUCCCCCCCCCCCGUCUGCAGCUGUCCAUAUCCAUGACGACUUUGUUGCACAGCCUAUCUUCCCAAACUCUUACUAGCAAAGGACACUUAACCCAGACCUGUCUGGACCAGGGCCCAGCAGCCAGACCUGGCCUACUUGUCUUAUUCUAACCUGUUACCAGAGGGGACAGUUACCCUGCAGGGCUAGUUUAGCCUGCUAGUCUGUGAAAGGUUUAAGGUGAAUAGCAAUGAAAUUACAUGGAUCCAGCACUGACAGCCUGGAGCCAUCAGUGCUAUCAGUCUGUCUUAAGAGGCACGUCACUUUCUCUCACUGUGCACUUUGAUGGUGACCACACAGACUUGCAUCAGGGUUCAUGCAGAGUUUAUAAAUGAAGCCACACAUUGUUUUUGGAUUUGGAGUUUUGGAGUUUUAGGAUAUUUGAGCUGUAAAUUUCACAAGGUGAGAUUAUAAAUGGUUCCUAAGGACUUUAGGAAAAAAGCCUGCACUUAUACAGUAUUUUGAACAUAUUGCAUAUGAUGAAACAUAUGAACGUACAUUUAGCCCGCAGACAUAUCACAGACUUUGAACUGCUCACAUGUACAUGCAUAAAGGAAGUCAUCAUUCCAAGGUAAAAGCCCCACAGAGUAUGCUCUUAUUCACCAAGUUGUCCCACCAGGGAGGGUUUGCUCAUGAAACUGUUUUGACAGCUUGUUUAUGAGACAGCAUUAUCUAUUUAUGUCUUUAUUUAUUUGUCUUUUUUUGUGUGCUCUAUACAGUUUCUGAAAAAAAGCUGUUUUGGAUUUGGGGAAAUUGAAGGUCUUGCACUAAAUGUAGCGAAACAAACCGAUGGAAAUGAUCCAAAUGCCAACAUGCAGUGACUGGCUAUAGCCAGAAAGAUACAGAAAUAUGCUAUUUUAUAUUUUGUAGAUUUGUUUAAAAGAGGUUUGUUUUUUUUUAACAUUGAAUUCCUCAAUGGCCAUGUCAGAGGUGUCAGUGUAAAAUUUAUUUAUCAGACAAAUGUCAGGCUUUUAAUUCUAUGAAUGAACAAAUGUUAAAAAAAGAGUAAGACUACAGACAGACACUACUUAAUACUAAUGUUUGACUGUGUUAAUUGAGUUAAACGUUGUAGCUGCUAUCAUUAUCUUUCUGUUGCUACUUAAUUGAGUUUUGUUGCAAACCGUUAAAACACCACAGUGGUUGCCAAGGCACUAUGGGUGUGGUUUAUUGUGAUUGACAGCCAGGCCAAGUGUGAUUGACAGUAGUUGGACCAGCGAGAGAACAAAGUAUCAAACCCUCUCUCACCGUUAUCACCAUGUGAUAAACUUGCAUCAUUUGGACUUACUGCUGGAAUGAAAUAAAGCUCUGAGUUUCAAGAA